AUGGGUUCAUACACUCCCGAUCGUCCAGCUGAAAAGCUCUGGAUAGAGACGCCUCUAAUCCCAUCGACGGCCAUGUCGCGGGCAGCCGGAUGCAAUAUCUUUCUCAAACUAGAAAACCUCCAACCGUCGAGCUCCUUCAAGCAGCGCGGCGUGGGCAACAUGAUGCUGCGCGCCACAAAGGCCAACCCAGGCGGCAACGUGCACUUUUACUGCUCCUCGGGCGGCAACGCCGGUCUGGCGUGCGCCACGGCGGCCACGGCCCUCGGAAAGCCCUGCACCAUAGUCGUGCCGGUGCUCAUUUCCGACUUCAUGAUGAACAAGCUCAAGCUGCUCGGCGCCGAUGUCGUCAGGACGGGCGCCCACUGGGCCGAGGCCGACGCGUACCUGCGCAACGUCUUGCUGGCCGCGGACCCCACGGGCGUCUACGUCCCGCCCUUUGACCACCCGCACCUCUGGGAGGGCGCGGCCACCAUUGUCGAGGAGCUGGUGCCGCAGCUCGCGGCCCUGGGCGUGGGCCCGCAAGGCCCCGAUGGUAUCGUCUGCAACUGCGGAGGCGGCGGCCUGCUCAGCGGCAUCAUGGACGGCGUCGAGCAGCAGUCUAGCCAGCACUGGGGCAAGAAGCCAGAGGUGCUAGUGGUCGAGACCGUCGGCGCCGAGAGUCUCCAUGCCAGUGUUCAGGCUGGCGAAUUGGUCACCUUGCCCGCCAUUACCAGCAUAGCCACGAGUCUGGGGGCGCCAACCGUUUCCAAGCAGGCGUUUGAGUGGAGCAAAAAGGACCACUUGACCAGCAUUGUCGUGACUGAUGCCGAGGCCGUCAUGGGCUCUGUCAAGCUUGUCAAUGACGCUCUGCUCCUCGUCGAGGCUGCCUGCGGUGCCACUAUUGCUCCCGUCUACAAUGGUGAGCUAAGAAAAUGGUUGGGCAAGGGACUCUCGGAUGAAGAGUGGAGUAGAAAGAAUGUCGUCUUGAUUGUAUGCGGCGGUGCAAACAUUUCGUUGGAAAUAUUGCGAGGAUACCAAGAAAAGUAUGGCGUCGAGUAA